UUCGGUGUCCCGAUUUGUUUAUAAGAUAGGCAUUUUUAUCAAAUUUAUGGUCAUUUUUAUUGCUUUUAGAAAUCAAACAUCAAUCAUGCCUGUGAAACAAUGUUUGUUUUGAACGAUGAACAGAGACGUAGAAUUACAGAAACUGGUAAAAGUUACGGUUGUCACGAUUGAUGGAAAUGAGAAUCAGGUUACGGUACCUGUUGUAGGCGAUGAACAGAUUUCUGUCACUGACAUUUAUGCCAAAGCUUGUGAUCGUCUAGGGCUCCAGAAGACAAGUUCCAAAUGGUUUUCAUUGUUUUGUGGAGGAGAGACAAUCAGAAGGUUAAAGCCUGAUACCUUUACACACUCUUCAGCCAAAGAAGUAUCUCUCAGGAAAUGGUGCUUCAAUGGAAGAAUAGAAGCCAAUAUGAUAAAAGAUGAUCCAGCAGCUUGUCAUCUUGUCUAUCUGGAGGCAAAAGCUGCCAUAGAAAAGGGAUUGCUAUCUGUUACCAAUGAACAAAGAGAAAAACUUGAAGAAUAUGAAGAUCCUGCCUUUAAACUUGAAAAAGAUUACAUCCUGUUAGCACAAACUUUAGAGGGAUAUUUUUCUGUUCUAAUUCAAAACUGCAUAAUAACUGACCAAGAACCAAUUGAGUCUACACUGCAGAACUCCUACCCUGGGUCAGUUCGAGUCUCAAUGGAGGGAAUAAUAUUACACACAGAGAAAUGCUCAAGGACGUUUAAGUGGACACGUUUAAAAAAGUGGACUGUUCAUAACAAGUUGUCUCGGGUUGCAUUUCUUCAUGUUAGUCCCAGUGGUGAAGAGCAAACGGUCGUGGUAGAAACACACCAGUGUGACUAUUUAUUGUCAGCCAUCAUCCAAAUAGUGAAAGAACUUCAGGUGGUGAAUCCUUCAGAGUCUUUCUUUUACUCUUCCAUGAUAUCAACCAACGAAGAGGGAUCUACAUCAUACGAAAAUGUUCUGUAUCGUGGCCCGUGUGAUGGUGUAGAUGAUGAAGGCCGGUGAAAACAACAAAAAGAAAACUGUGAUAUGUAUAUACAAAUUGUACUUUAAUAUUAGUAGAUGAAUUCAAUACUACAAGACGGGUCAUUUAUGCCAAAGAUGGCGUUUACACUUUAUAGUUCGGGUGUGUGAAACUGAGCAAAUAUUUGUUAUAUCUGUAUGUUUACAUGUACAUCUACUGAACAUUUUCUCUAUAUUUUCUGACGAAAUCCAAUCAUAUUACUGCGUAUUAUCAUACGCAUUUCUUAUAGCUUUUAAACUGCAUUUAAACGAAUUAAUAAGCAAUAUUAGGUUCAUUAAUUUAAAAACAUGAAAUCAAAUAUUUACAUUAAUAUUAUAACGUGAAAUAAUUUAAUAUCAUAAAAUAAAAUAUUCACA